AUGGAAAAGUAUAGUGAAUUUAAUGAUCCAUAUACGGGAAUAAACCCAUUUCUGAGACCAAGGUGUGUCAGAAUUGGAAUGGGGGUGCUGAUUAGGGCAUUGGUUGUGCUACCAGUCUACAUUCUGUAUAGGCUGGGACUGGUUUCAGUACGAAGAAUAAUAACAGUAGAAGAAAAGAGGAGGAUUCCACUCUACAAGAAGAUAUACGCAAAUAGUGUAGGGGAAUUCGAUGAAGAGAUUAUCAGGAGCAGCUGUGACGUACGGGGGACACUGCUGUUUCCAGAGGGAGCAACAACAAACAACAGGUGCAUUCUGAGCUAUGGGGAUGAGAAGUGCGACUACGUGGUGGGAUUGAGGUAUAGUCCAGAAUGCAUAUAUUCUGGUGGAAGCAGAUUGACGUGGUUGAUCAGGUUUCUGGGCUCAAGAAGGAGAGUGGUGGUGGAUUGUGAGAGGGGAAGUAAUUUGGAAAGAGUAACAGGGCUGAAGCAGGUCAAGUUGACGCAAAAGGAUAAGGAAAAAUUCAUUAAAAAGACCCUUAGGGAAUGA